CGCGACGACGUUUGCGACGACUGGAGACCUCUUUGACGCGCUCGCGACACGGCUGAAGCAUGGGGCGCAUCUACAACAUCUCUAUAGCGCUGUUCUGCGCGAUAGGUUCCUUUUUGUUUGGUUAUGACAGCGGAAUUAUUUCCUCCGUCAUCACCUUCUCCGAGUUCAAGAGCUUCGUAAACAACCCUGGCAAUUACGACAGUCUGUCUGGCGCGGUGGUCUCAACCUUUACAGGCGGGUGCUUUUUCGGUGCCGCUGGGGCAGGAUGGGUGAACGACAGAUUCGGCCGUAAGCGGACAGUCCAACUGGGUGCGCUCAUCGCGUUAUGGGGAUGUGCGAUGCAGGCCGGAGCGAACAACUUCGCCUGCAUGCUUAUUGGGCGUAUUGUCGCCGGCUUCGCUAUCGGCAUUCUGUCGAUGACCGUACCUUUAUAUAAUACCGAGAUUGCCCCCGCCGAACACCGUGGCUUUGUGGUGGGACUGACGCAGCAAAUGAUCGGUAUCGGGUUUAUUGUAGCAAAUUGGGUCGGAUACGGAUGCCAAUAUCUGGAUGGUAACAAACAAUGGAGGCUACCUCUCGGCCUGCAGCUCGCCCCAGCCACGCUCCUCCUCAUCGGUGCGCAGUUCAUGCCUCGCUCCCCGCGCUGGCUACUUGAACAAGGCCGGGACGCCGAAGCCCUCGCCGUCGUGCGCCUUCUUCACGGCAGCGCCCCGGGCGAGGAGGCUGCCGCCGACGCCGAGUUCGCAGAGAUGCAAGCGACGAUCAAGGCGGAGCAGCGCGUGCGCUCGCGCUCCCUCAGCGACCUGUGGGCGACGCGCGGGAUGCUGCGCCGCACGCUCGUCGCGGUCGGGGUGCAGGUGUUCGGCCAGUUCUCGGGCAUCAACGUGAUCAACUACUUCGGGCCGUCGAUGUACAGGGCGCUCGGACUCAGCGCGGGCCAGUCACUUCUCGUGCAGGGCAUUUAUGGAGCCGUUGGGCCUAUCACCAACUUCUUCUUCAUCACGCUCGUAUUGGAUACCGUUGGACGGAAGAAGCCCCUGCUGUUCGGAGCGGGGAGCUUUGUGGUCACAUACUCUGUCCUGACCGCUAUCGUCGCGUCAUUCCCGCCCGACCAGUCCACGAACCUCGCGGCGCAGCGCGCGGGCAUCGCCAUGAUCUUUAUGACUAGCAUAUUCUUCUCCCUCAGUUUCGGGCCCGUCAGCUGGGUGCUUGCAUCCGAGGUCUUUCCAACCCGGACACGGUCGAUGGGAACGAGCGUGGCGACGUGCGCGAACUGGGCGUUCAACGUUCUCUUCUCACAGGUUUCCAAUUUGGCCAUCACCAAUAUCAGCUGGAAGUACUACCUUAUUUUCAUCUGUUUGAACGCCAUCGACUUCGUUAUCAUCGCCCUCUUCUUCCCCGAAACUAAAGGCAAGACUCUCGAGCAGAUGGCGGAAGUAUUCGGAGACGAAGUUGAUACGCACGAUAUGUCGGAUUCCGGCGCGCACGAGAAGAUGGAUCAUCACGAGCUUGACGUCGAAAAGUAACGAAUUUUCCUUGUACUAUAAGUAAACGCAUUGCAUCUGCAUGGGAUGUAGCAGAGGUGACGCCGACUCACUUGGUGUGGC